UGUUAAAAAUAUUUAUCGAGUUACAUCUAAAUUUAGAGACGCUAACAAACGUAGACAAAUAUUUUUGACACAGAUUCCGAUGAAUUUAUCAGUAUAAAAGACGAACUGGCGAUCGUUAGAAUCAAAUCGUGUUCACUUCGAUCCAUUGGAAGUCAGCAGUAAAUUCAAACAGACUUAAACUAUCAAAAAGAGUAUUCGACACUUGAAUAAAAUGGCUCACUUUAAAAGCGCAGUUGUAUUGUGUUCAGUGUACUUCAUUGCCGGUGCUUUGUCUAUUACUAACGAUGAAAUAAAAAAAUUGUUAUCGUUCAUUGGGAAAUUAGUGGAAAAUAAUUAUGAUCUUUCAGAUAAUGCUUUGAGUGAUUUUUCGCCGGAGGCCAAGAAUAUUAUAAAUGUGAUUACAUCACAUGACCAACAAAAAAACCUUACAUUUAGCAAUGAUGAUUUUAAUAAGAUUUGUGAUGAAUUGAAAGAACAGUAUCCACUUAUAAUGCAAAUGAGAAAACCAUUGAAGGAUAUUUUAAAGACAAAACCUGAAUCUCUCGUUGGAUAUCCACCAUUUACUAUUGUGGAAAAAAGGCGACAAUUCUAAAGCGAUUUUUGAUGAUCUUCUAUUUGUUUCACUUUUUAUUAAUUUAAGUAAUAUUUUUGUUUCAUUUUGUCGCACCUAUUGUAAUUUAUAUAAAUUUGAGUUUUUUUUUUAAA